GAGGAGGAAGAGAAGGAGAGGAUAAAAACAGUUUCUGUGACCACAUGUUGCUGUGCUUGAUUGAAGUGCUGCAGCAGCUCCUACCUUUCCCAUUCUUUGCAUUGUACGUCUAACUAACGAUGAGUCCGCUGCAUCUGUAGUUUCUGCCACCUGUGGCAGCACUCCUAUUCCCUCUACGCCACAGAGAGAGAACAAAAAAGCGGAGCUGAGAGAGGUCGGAGAGGAGGAGGAGGAGGAGGUGGAUAUCUUUCAUGAUAAGUGGACUUCUGACAGAGAAAGAGAUCCUCGCUGCACAUCCAGUUGACACAAAUGAAAGAAUCCUAAAACCAGCACCAUGCCUGGACUCAUUAACAAGGAGAAUCGGAGUGCUCUGCCCCUCAGUGUCUCUGACAUCACUUCCUGUGUCAGGGGUUAUACUCUGGCCCUGACAGCUUCUAUGACCUAUGAAAAUAUUGAAGAUCAUGCAAUCGAGGGAAUCUUCAUUUAUCCACUGGAGGAAAAGUCCAUUGUUGUAGGGUUUGAGGCUAUGAUAUCCAGUCAGAUCAUAACACUGCAAAUCAAAGACAAGGCAAAAAUUGAGGACUGUUAUCUCGAUUGCUACAACACAUCUAAUGGAGCUCUCCAGAGUGGCAGUGGUAAGAUUAAAGGACACAUAGUGUUGGAUGAGGAUUUGGAGACGACAGUGUUAGUGGUUAACCUUGGGAUCAUCCCUCCUAUGGAGACGGUCCAUAUUCUGGUCAGCACCUCCUCUGAGCUCUCAACCCUGCCCAGCGGGGGCAUCAGGGUGUCAACCCCACCGGUGUGUACGCCUCGAGUACAGAGGACCAUCAAUGAGGAGCAGGGACUGUCCCCCAACUUCUCCAGAACGCGGGACAGGCAUACCAGUGCCUCAAGUCCUCACGAUCAAACUCCCAACUCCCCUCAGCUGUGGUUGGCUUCACUGCUGGAGGAGGAGGCCAUCAACUCCAUGGACUACAAGUUUAACUUCCAGCUAGAGAUACGCGCUCCUUAUCUCCUCGCAGGUGUAGAGAGCCCCUCUCAUGCAAUCCGAGCUGAUGCGGACCCUCUGGCCCGCUCUGCCACCAGUGUCGUCAUUACUCUGGCGGACAAAUACACUUACGACUGUCCUGUCAAAAUCCUCAUUUACCCGAGCGAGCCUCAUCUGCCACAUGUGCUCAUUGAGAACGGAGACAUGACACAGGAGGAGUAUGAUGAGUAUCUUCAUGGCCGGAGUGAUUUCAUCAAGGCCACAAAGAAGGACUCCAGCAAUGAGAGGAAAGUUGAUAUCAUUCACAGGCGGCUGCAUAAGGACAUCCUUCACAACCCUGUGGUUAUGUUGAACUUUUGUCCUGACCUCAAGUCUAUCAGCUCAGACCUGAGGAAGGUUCACGGCGAAUUCAUCUUCCUCAUUGACCGCAGCGGCAGCAUGAGCGGGGUUAACAUCAACCGUGUGAAGGAUGCCAUGGUGGUGAUUCUCAAGAGCCUCGUGCCUGGAUGCCUUUUCAACAUCAUAGGCUUCGGCUCUACAUUCAAAUCGCUUUUCACAACCAGCCAGAACUAUGAGGAGGAGGCCCUGGCCGUGGCUUGUGAGUAUGUCAGGAAGAUCAGAGCUGACAUGGGGGGCACCAACAUCUUGGCACCGCUCAACUGGAUCCUGAGGCAGCCGUUGUCCAGCGGACACCCACGCCUGCUCUUCCUGCUCACCGACGGAGCCGUCGGCAACACAGGCAAAGUUAUCGAGCUGGUCCGCAGACAUGCACGCUACAUCAGAUGUUUUACGUUCGGCAUAGGGCAGAACGCUUGCAGGAGGCUGGUGCAGGGACUGGCGACAGUUUCUAAAGGAACGGCAGAGUUCCUGGCCGAGGGAGAGAGGCUGCAACCCAAGAUGAUAAAGUCCCUGAAGAAAACCAUGUCUCCGGCGCUCAGUGACAUUUCAAUUGAUUGGCUCUUCCCUGAGACCAAGGAAGUGCUUCUGUCCCCGGUGGGCAACACCUUCCUGUUUCCAGGGGACAGUUUGAUUGGCUACAGUGUGGUUUGUGACACCACCCGCUACCACACCAACCCCAAAUCUGAUAAGAGGAGGCGAUACAGCAUGAUGCGCUCCAUUGAGUCGGCCAGCUCUGUGUUUUACCACUCUCAAGAGGAGGACCAGGUGAAGACAAGCGUCGACAGUCAGGGCUCCUACAGGGAAACAGCCUCCGGCCCUCUGUAUGACUCCUACCAGGACUCCGUGAUAGACGGCAGCCCUGUAACCACAGAGCAAGACACCAUGGGGUUGGGUAAUACAUCACCAAGAAGGCGGGCGUACAGCACCAACCAGAUAAUAGACUACAACCCGGCUAAGAGGGUCUACACUCCCAGCGACCCCAGCUCUGUGGUGGCUAAGAAUCCACUGAGGAGAGCCAAGGUCCAGGAGCUGGUCGGCCAGAUGAGCCCUGAGCAUGAGGCGCAGUGGAAGAACGACUACCAGCCACAGCUGGCAAGCCUGUGCGCCACAUCUUCCAGAGGGCGUCCUGCCAGCUGUCACAAGCCUCUCCUCCAGCAGGAGCCGCUUCUGCAGCAGGAAGCCGAUUCAGAGCCUCAGGACAACCCACAGCCCAGCGGUGGCGGCGGCGGCGGCGGCGGCGGCGUGCUGCCAGCAGCUCGCAACACCGCUGGGGAAGACGGAUCCAGAUCCUCCACCGACAGCCCAUCUGUUGGCAGUGUCGGAGAUACAGAUGGUUACGGACACCAGUUAUGUCAAGCAGAAACCCCACAGGAGAACCGAAUAUCAGAUCUGGGUGCUGCCAACCAGCACAAAGGUGACUGCAAGGCCGUGGUGUCCGGACUGCUGUGUGGGAAACCGAUGAAGUGGGAAGUGCUCUUCGAUAUCGAGCCGUUCCUGAACGGACGGGAACGUGAGGAAAAGGUUCACGAGGAGCUGUGGAACGAGACCUUCCACCACUUGGCUGGACACUCCAUCAUACACGACUUUGAGCACAUGGUGGAUAAAGAGUGUGAGAUUGAACACGGCUCUGGCAGGAAGUACCAGCUAUAUGCUAUUCACACCAGCAAAGCCUGCAAUAUACUGAGCAAAUACACAGCGUUUGUUCCCAUCGACCUGGACACUAAUGAGUAUUUGCAGACAUGUAUUGAAUACAUAAACCCCGGUGAGGGUCUGAAGAGGGACUCCCACUCCAGCUCUCGUUCAGGGAGCAGGAAGAACAGAGGUUACUCCAUUGGACUGGGUCGCUCUCAGUCUGGUGGCAUGUCAGAGGAAGCUGAAGACAUCCUGCAGCCCAACAGUGGAGAGGACGGUGUCUCUCCAUGCAGCACUCCCUCCUCCGCUGGCUGGGAGAGAUGUAGCUUCACAGAGGUCUCGCAGAGGAGUCCGUCUGUGACCUCUGACCAAUCACAGAAAUCAGUGGAGAGCAUUUUUUCUGCCAGGCUGGCCCUCAGCAGGACUCGUCUGCUGACUCGAGCCGCCAAAGGAUUCAUGUGUCGAUCUCACAGCAAGUCUGGUGAUUCAAUUGGAGAAAGCGACAACGAGAACAAAGACUACAUUCCUCUGCUGUUGUUGCAGUUGGCUAGUGGAGCAUUUCCUCUGGACACAGCUCUGUGUGAUGCCAUCAACGUGCCCAUGGACAAGCUAAAGUGGACGUCCCCCUUCACCAGCCACCGCACCAGCUUGGGCCACUUGUCUCACUCCAGCAGCCGCAGAGCUGAAAGUGCCGACGACGGGCACAGAUCACUGUGUGAGCCAGAAACAUAUCAGCAACCUGCAGAGCAAACUGCAGGCAUCAACAGUCCUUCUCAUCUGUCCAAGAGCGCCUGGACGGAUGCGGCUCCUUCCUCAUUAGGAAGUCCGUCCACCGCUGCUGAGCCCCCGCUCUCCCCGCACUCCCAGGUGGACAGUGGACGGAGCUCUGGGUCAGGGGGCUUAGAAACAGCAUCGCCCGGCGGUGUGCUUAAGAGGAUGCUGAAUCCAGAGAGCAUGGUGUGGGCCACAGCUGUGGCCCUCGCCUGGCUGGAGCAUAGCUCUGCCAGUUAUUUCAUAGAAUGGGAACUGGUAGCCGCCAAGGCCAGCAUGUGGUUGAGUGCACAGGACAUCCCAGAAGGCCGAGAUUUAGCCUCCAUCAAGGCUGCUGCCAACCAGCUCUUCAUCAUCCUCAGACACUGGGAUGAAAACCUGCAACUGAACAUGCUCUGUUACAACCCUAACAGUGUCUAGUCCAAGACUAAUACAGACCACUCAGAGUACUGAGUCCCAUAUGAUACUAUGCUAACUGAGGCUGUACUAUUCUUCAUUCAGCAGUAUGUCCUCUGGAGUUUGAUUUUACUGUGGCAGUUGUGAACAAUGUGCAUCUUCUUCUGUUUGUGUGCUGUUCCUUCAAACAUAUCACAGGCUCUUCAGAGGCACUAUGUGCAAGCUAUUACCUCGCUGGUGCCAUAUACUGUAGCUGGAUCCCUGUUAGCAAGGGAUCUAAUCAGAGUUAUGCCACAGAUUUGAGUUUCAUGGAGAAGAAUGUAAGUGUUAAAUUAGUAGCAUGCCGGGCCACCGACCAUCAACAUAUGAAAAAAGCUCUUAUUGUCAUCAUAUUGAUGUUAUGGGGAGAAUGCUGCAAAACGGUUGGAGAAAAUAGUUCCACUGUCUUUACAUCUUUACAGCAUUUUCUGAAUUGAUUGUCUUGUGGAAAAAAUGUCACAUGAAAACAUCUGGGUACUUGCUCGCAGUAAUGCCAGUCUUUUCUAAUGGCUGUUAUCAUUACAAUGUUAUUAAUAUUUGCCAUUUUGCAGUUUGAUUAUAGCAGAGACAGAAAAAUAUGCAAACAGCUAAAGAAAAUAAGAAAUACAUGUUAAAGAUUUGGUUUUAAGAAAUAUGUGCUUUAGGUGGGAAUCGGUGAAUGUGUAUCCCACUUGCAUGUUAUUUGUUGUUUAUUAUUUAAUGAUACAUACAGUUUGUAUUUUUUCACUUAUCAGAUUAUAUACCUAUCUAAGAGAAGAGGUUUGGAUCAUGCAUUAGAUUUUAGAAUCAGAGAGUAACACAGACCUGGAGUUGGUUGCAUCAUCUGUUUGCAAGUUCAAAAUUAACCUAGAUAUAAGCUACAUGUUUACAUUGUAAGUAGGUAUUUAUGCCUCACUAAUUUAAAAGGGGUUACUCUACACAAACUCUUAUUAUUACUUUGACUAUUAUUAUUACUACUAUUAUUACGAAAUAUUAGUUGUUGCUGAGUAUUUACACCCUGUAACUGCUGGAUGUAAAUGUUGUGUAGCUAAUUGAGCCAACAAAGCUAAUGUUAGCUAGCUAAAAUAUUACGUGUACAAAUUGAAGAAGAGAUAGGAAUAGGAAUAUGAGAAAUGGACAAAACUUGACCUAAAUGCUGUUCAACAAUGAAAACUUUUUAAUUAAAAUAUCACAAAAAGUAAAAUAAUAAUACUUAAAAUGCAAAUGUUAUGCUAAAAGCAUUAGACUAAAUGACCAACUAAAAUUAAGUUAGAGUUUGGUUUUUCAAAGUGUGACUGUGGACCCGCCUCCCUUAAAUAAUGAUACGCUAAAUGUAAAAAUAUGUGUACUUAAUUGACUUAAUUGACUUAAUUGACCAUUGACUAUCUCAAUCUACUCCUUCAUUGACUGAAAAUCUCUGGUUUAGCAUAAUAAGACAUUUCCCAGUCACUCUCUAAAGUGUAUUGAAUUGUAUUAUUAACUGAUAAGCAUACAUAAUUCUCCAUGUAUGCAACAAAGUCAUAUAUCAUUUCAUAAAGACUGGCAGUUCAUUUAAAUUUAUCUCUUGCCUCCUUAAACUUAUUUUUAGAUGUUAAGUCACAGCUCAUGAUGUUUUACUGACUUACUGUUUAUAUAUCUAAUUGCUUUUGAUUGGAUAUCUCUGACGCUGCUUCCUAGCAACAAAUUUAUGCAUUACAAAAGUUGUAGUGCAAGCUGUAAAUUCUCAUAAAAAUCCUUAAACAAUUGGGUGACUUUGCCCCAUAAUAAGGAUUUAAAUACUUUUAAAAUACAGUAUUACUUCUGCUACACAUGUACAAGGUUUAGCUUGCGUCAGUAUAAGAAUUGGCUUGAUAUGUUUCCCUUCCAGAUGUUGUAAAACAGACAGUUGGCUUGUUGGGGCAGGACAUGUGUCAUACAACCGCCACACAGGCUUUUCUAUUCAGGAUCUUUCAAGAGGUCUCACUGUUACAACAUUUCUGCUAAGACAGUCUUCAAGUUUCCUAAAAAUGGUGUAUCCCAACUUAGUAAAUCACUUAGUCUGAAAGUAGAUAAUCAGAACUAUGGAAAGAUGUUAUACACAAACUUAGUAAUUGAUUUACAAACAGCUGAUGCAACCUAAUCCUAAUAUGGGCAGCGAUCAACAGUCCUGCUCCAGGAAUCAGAGGAAAGGGCCCUUAUAUUUCGGUCAUUGUCACAGCUCAUUUACCGCAAGUGCCUAACCAAGGUUUAAUGUCGGCAGAAAGUGUAAAUCUGUUUGCUGCAGUUUAAUCAGUGUGGAAAAUGACUGAUUCUUUUUCUUAAAUAUAGUAUGGGUACCCUUGGUUGGUGGCCUAUGUAGGCAUCUUUCAGUAUUAAUUUUUCUCUUUCUUAUUUCAUCACAGUGUUGUUUUACUCAGGUAUUUAUUCAUUUUUUUCACUCAGGCUAAGUUGCAUAAGUACUUCUGCAUGGACACAGGUGUUUAUGUUAUGAUGUUCAAUGACUGAAUUGCCACAUUGGAGCCAGUAGUGCAGUAUUUUACUCUCUGAAACGGAAUGAGAAAUACAGUAGAUGUCAUUUAGUAAUAUUUUUGUGCUGUAAUUGCAGUAGUAAGUGCAGCUGUAAUUGUAAUAAGUUGUAUUUUUUAUGUACUGGGUCAGUUGUAUAGUGCAGUAUCUUUCAACUUGCUGUGCGUGCCUUUAUAAAUGAAUGUUGACUGUUUGAGGCUGUUGAAAGCUUCUGUAAUGUCUUUAUAACCGUUGAUGCUAUGACCAGCUCUGCAGGUGCAUGUAAUAAAAUGACUCUGA